AAAAAAAAAAAAAAAAAAACUCGUGACGAGACGAUGGAGGCGGCCAUGGGAUUGAUGCGAAGAAUACAUCCGAAGCAUUCUGAAGCGGCCCUGUCAGCAUUGUUAAGCCUUCUCCCUCACCACUCCUCGGAUCUUCUCUCUCAAGUAGACCAGCCUCUGCAGGUUUUAUGUGACGUGGAUAACGAGAAGGAGUUCUUGCUAUGCGAGUAUAAUAGAGAUGCAGACUCUUAUAGGUCACCGUGGUCAAAUAAAUACCAUCCCCCAUUAGACGACGGACCUAUUCCAUCACCAGAAUUGAGGAAACUUGAAAUUGAAGCAAAUGAGGUCUUUGCUAUCUAUCCUAAAUUGACUCAUCAAUGGCUAAGGUACUAUGAAGGUGGAAUUUCGUCAGUGUAUAUGUGGGAAGAUGAAAAUGAUGGAUUUGUAGCUUGCUUCUUAAUUAAGAAAGAUGGCUCAAAGACUGCCGACGGCAAAAGAGGUUAUCUUCAAGAAGGAUCUUGGGAUGCCAUACAUGUUAUUGAGGUGGGGCCCAUGGAGGAAGAAACUGCUCGUUACUGUUUGACAAGUUCAGUUAUGCUCUCAUUAACUACAAAUCAUGAGUCUUCAGGCUCCUUCAAUUUGUCGGGAUCAAUUAGAAGACAGAUGAAUAUGGAGCUUUCGGUUGAGGAGGGUCAUUUAUGUAAUAUGGGAAGGAUGAUAGAAGAAAUGGAGGGCAAGCUGAGAAACUCUCUGGAUCAGGUCUAUUUUGGGAAGACAAAAGAGAUGGUUUGUACCUUGCGGCCGCCUGCUGAAGUUGUUCAGACAAAACUUCCUGAUAGCUGAAAGUGCAAUAUUCUCGAAAUACUUGGAUUUUUUUUUUUUCCAAUAUUAUUUUAAUUGCUUAUUUGUCAUCACACAAUGUUGUAUGUAUCCUAUGCUGUCUGAACUGAAUUUCACCGUUCCAGAGAACUUACUGAUGAACCGUUAGUUUAAGCUCCAGUUUGGUGCAGAAUUGUCUUGACUUCUUGUUUGUGUUUGCUUAUGUAAUUGCUUAACUUAUCACAAUGAAGGCUACUUGGAUACGAUUUUGAACCUCCAAAACUGGAGAAGGAAAUUUGUCCGAUUCUCAUUCAGUGAUUAUCAUUUCAUAUUUUGAAUUCAAUUUCAUUCCAUUUAUUCUUUUAUAUUUUUUUCCACAAU